CACACAUCCCCCCACAACGUGCCCUGAUGCCGCGGUGAUGGCCACCCAGUGACCGUGGGGGAUGGCCCCCCGAGGCGCCCCGAGGCCCCGGGGAUGGCCCCCUCCGGGCGCCCCCAGGCCGGACGGCCACGGCCAUGGCUCUCUCCCGUCGCCGUCGCUUCGCAACCGCUGCCGCCGGCGCGUGACCAGUGAACAAAGAGCCCUUUCACUGGCGACCCCGCCAUGGCCGGCACCCCCGAGACCCCCAGCUGGGGCACCCAAGGUCCCCCCAACCCCCCCAGGCACCCCAUGGGGAUGGGUGCUAUGAGCACCCCCCAUUCCCCCACGGAUCCGGGUGGAAAAUUCCCACGGCGGGGCGCCGGGGCUGUAUAAGUUUUAUUGGCCCCUCGUCACUGUGUCCCGGGGGACCUUUGCUCUCCUCGUGGUGGCCCGGCGUCGCCCCCGUGGUCCGUCAGUGCCGCCCCGGCCCCGCCGCUAUCAUGGGCCCUUUGCUCGAGGUGGGGGGCUGAGGCCUCCCCAACUCGUGACACCCUUGCACAAGUGGGUGCCGUCCGCCAGAGGCCCCGGGGUGGGGUGGGGGGGCAGACACAGGGGUGACCUAACGUGGUGGCACCCGGCUGAGCCGGCCGCUUAUUGGCAUGGGGGGGGGGGCACCCACUGUGACCCCCCCCCACCAGCACCGUGAACACGGCGCGGGGUCGAGCCGCGCGGGGCUGCGACGGUGCCGUGCCCGGGGGUGGCAGCGGGCACAGGGAGCGCGGCGGUGCUGGGGUGCUGGGGGCUGGCACGGGUGCUGUGAGCGCGGGGUGGGUGCUGCAAGCAUGCGAUGGGUGCUGCGAGCGCGGUAUGGGUGCUGUGGGCAGGAUGUGGGUGCUGUAAGCACAGUGUGGGUGCUACGAGCACGAUGUGGGUGCUGUGAGCAUGGCAUGGGUCGUGCCAAGUGUGGUAUGGGUGCUGUGAGCAUGACAUGGGUGGUGCAAGCCUGGCACGGGUGCUGUGAGUGUGGCACAGGUGGAUUCAGCCUGGCAUGGGCGGUGCGAGCCUGGCAUGGGUGCUACAAGGCUGGCAUGGGUGCUGUGAGCCUGGCACGGGUGGUCCAGCCCUGGAACGGGCGUUACAAGGCUGGCAUGGGAGCCGCGAGGCUGGCACGGGCGCUGUGAACCUGGCACGGGUGCCAUGAGGCUGGCACGGCCGCCUGGCCCCCCCCGGGGCAGCUCCUCCUUCGCCGGCAGUGCCAGGCGCCUCCGAAAGCCCCCGUGUCCUCUGGCCGGACCCACCCCCGGCGCGGUGACUCAGCCCGCGAAGCCUUUCCUUAUAUAACGCGGCGUCGCCGUCGCGCCGGGGCGAACGCCCGCCGAACUGCCCCUGCCUCAGUUUCCCCCCCGCCUCGGCCGGGGCGUCACCGCUGCCACCGCCACCGCCGCAGCCAUGUGGAUGGUGUCACCGCCGGUCGGUAUUUUCCAGUCCACCAAGAAGCUGUUCCUGAGCGAGCGAGCGGGCCGGGGUCAGACGCUGGAGUUCAUCCGGAAAAAUGCGGCUAACGGGCUCUCGGUGGCCAAUCUGGUGGCGGGGCUCUCCUCCGUCCUCUGCAGCCUCAACAGGCAAUACCACCACUCGUGCUGGCUGCUGCUGGUAGGAUUCCUGCUCGAUCUGGCCGAUGGCGCCGUCGCCCGACGGCUCGACGCCUGCUCGGCGUUGGGUGCCAAACUGGACGAUUUCGCCGACUUCACCACCUUCGGGCUGGCUACGUCUCUGCUGCUGCAGCCACGGGGCGUCCUGGACGGGCUGCUGGCCAUUGCCUAUGUGAUGGCCGUAUUCGCUCGCCUGUGCUUCUUCUCCAGCGCAGGGAUCCCCUUCACGUACCGGGGGCUGCCCUGUCCCUACGCCUCCUCGCUGCUGGCGGGCACCUUCCUGCUGACGGGGGGUAAUGUCACCCUGCUCUGCGUCGCCGCCAUCGUCAUGAUCCUCUUCAUGGUCGAUCGGGGUUUCUACCCCCACGACAAGGUGCUGGAGUCCCAGCUCUGGAAGAAAGUGGUUUACGCCGGAGGGGUGGCCGCUGUUCUCUUCUCGCCAGCGGCGGUGGCUUCCGUCUAUUGCCUCGCCUGGUCGACGUCCUACAUCAUCUUCCCCUGCGCCGUCUGGAGCUGCAAAGCCUAACCCUCGUCUCCGCCUAGUAAAGCCUUC